CAUUCGUCAGAUGUUUGAAUGAGUUUGUGGGUCCCGUAGGCAAGCUGGGUGACGGCCAGAGAGGCCUCUUUAGUUUCGUGCCGUGACCUUCAAGGUGAAAUGGGAAGUAAUUCCAACAGUGCUUGUGGGGAUUCAGUGAGAGGGCGGAUAUGAAGCCCCGAGUUGGUGCCCCAUGCAGACGCUGGCCCCUCCACAGAGUCCAGAAUGGAGCAGGACAGAAGUCUGAUGAGCUCAAACCAACUUGGAGGCCAUCACCCUUUCCCGUCUUAGAAAAACAGCAUCUGGAAGUGAGAGUAGGUGAGUGGAAGUGCCCAACCUUAGGCAGACUUUUCCGGAAUCAACAAAACCAUGUUUUUAUUGCUGCAGCCUUGGAGAGGAAUCCAGAAGCUUGAAGUUGGCUUUGAGCAUCCUGGUGGGGAAGAAGUCUUAAGGGAACAAGCUGGAGGUGACGCCACUGAGAACUUUGAGGAUGUCGGGCACUCUACAGAUGCCAGGGAACUAUCCAAAACAUACAUCAUUGGGGAGCUCCAUCCGGAUGACAGACCGAAGUUAAACAAGCCUCCGGAAACUCUUAUCACUACUGUUGAUUCUAGUUCCAGUUGGUGGACCAACUGGGUGAUCCCUGCCAUCUCUGCAGUGGCCGUCGCCUUCAUGUAUCGCCUAUACAUGGCAGAAGACUGAAUACCUCCUCAGAAGCCAGCACAGGAAAAGCCUGCUUUGGACACAGGAGAAAAGCCAUUGCUAACUACUUCAACUGACAGAAACCUUCACUUGAAAACAAUGAUUUUAAUAUAUCUCUUUCUCUUUCUUCUGACAUUAGAAACAAAACAAAAAGAACCGUCCUUUCUGCGCUCACAUUUUUCGAGUGUGCCUUUUUAUUCAUCUACUUUAUUUUGAUAUUUCCUUAAUAUGUAAUUUACUUAUUGUAAGCAUGAUCUUUUAAAAAUAUAUCUGGCUUUUAAAGUA